CGUCGUGCCGGUUCCAGCCGGUUCGCAGUUUGUCGCAGUUUGACGCAGUUUGUCGUAUGCAACGGUAUCCAUUUUAAACCUAAUAAAGUAGAUAAAAAAUCUACACAGCAAGUUAAUAGAUAGAAGCGUUAACACUAAAGGUGUUUUUACGAAUUUCCUAUUAGUUUCUUGAGUCUCUCAGUUCUGCCAAUGAAGUAAAUAUCGCAGGUUGACUGAAACGUUUCUCCGACAACCAUUACGCGUUGGGCCAUGGGCGGUGCCGCAUCACUAAUAUGCUUGGUCGUCCCCGAGAACGUCAAUACCAACUCGCUGCUCAAAAGAGAAACGAAGCAUCUAUUAAGUACAACUACUACCGAGAAACAGCAAAGUACUUUGAGCGCCAGAGCGAAGUUGCCAGGCACUUCAGUUCUUGGAGUACGCCGAAUAUGAAUUCGAAAUUCCAGAAGAAUUCCGAAAAGGAGAUGGAAGCCGAGAAAUUGCGGGUGCGGCAGGAGAAAUUAGCGAAGAUGCUGGCUCACGAGGAGGAAUUGUACAAGAAACAGCUGGAACAUGCCCACUCCAAAAAGAAGAAUCAAGUGGACCCUUCGUUAGAGCUACUGAAGAAAAGGAUAGAAGAAAAGCGAGCCGAGUUAAGUCUCUACCUUCCCAGUAAGUACAAGAGUUUUCCCGUUGCCUACAUGACGAAGGAUUCUCCCGCUCUUUAUCGAGACGAAGAGCACAUUUACCAUAACUCCACUUCGCAUUUAGAAUCUGGUAGGAAGGGAGAAAGAGAAAAGAGGGAAAUUAACGUUGAACCGAGUGGCGUUUCUUGCCCCCGAGACUCCGAUGAUACGAAACCGAAAAAGACUGCAGACUUUGAGGACAGCCACUACUACCAGCCGGAACCGCCCAGUCAUCCCAGGGUGACAUCUAGGGAGGAACACGAGAUACCACCCAGAGACAGUUUUCCUGGAACAACAUCGAGGUAUUCAGAAAGAAGGCAUUACAAUUCAGGUUAUAACAACGACGAGGAACCUGCCGAGGGAAUACAUAAAUCGAAAGAUAUCACUCUGGCGCAAGACCCCGAUGAGGCGGACUCGAAGAAAGUGUCAAACUCCGAGGAAAAUCGCUAUUAUCAGACGCAGGACAAAUCUCCUAGUUUCCAAGAAUCAAAGCCCUCGAGAGAAUGGGAAGUCCCUUGCAGAACGAGCGUUCCCGGGGCAACGUCAAGGUAUUCCGAAAGAAAGCAUUACAAGUCAGAUUAUAACAACGACGAGGAACCUGCGGAGGGAAUACAUAAAUCGAAAGAUAUCACUCCGGCGCAAGACCCCGAUGAGGUGAACGCGAAGAAAAUAUCAAACUCCGACGAAAACCGCUAUUAUCAGACGGACGGCAAAUCUUGUUUCCAGGAAUCAAAACCCUCGAAAGAAUGGGAAGUCCCUUGCAGAACUAGCGUUCCUGGGGCAACGUCAAGGUAUUCCGAAAAAAAGCAUUACAAGUCAAGUUAUAACAACGACGAGGAACCUACCGAGGGAAUCCAUAAAAUGAGCGUCAUCGCUUCGGCACAAGAUCCCGAUGAGCCAAUAUCCUGUAGAACUACCGAAUUUGAAUACAAUCCUCGUCGAGAAACCGACAUGCAUUUUAACGAAUCAGAAAAUGCGGAAACGUAUGAACGCCCGUGUAAUACGAACGUCCUUGGGACGGCGUUGAAAUAUUCUGAAAAAAGACAUUUCCAUCCAUCCGAUGCCUCGAAGGGGGAAGAACUUGAAAAGGGAAGCGGCGCGAUAAAUGACCGUGUCUUGAACCGCGAAGAGGAAACGGUCUUUCGAAGACCUGCAACAACAAAGGAUUAUAUCGUAACGAAAGACGCGGAGGAUCGUGACGUUCCUUCCAGAGUCAAUGUCCACGGUUCUUCGUCUGGGUAUUCAGAGCGAAAACACUUUUACGCACCUCAGAACAUACAGGGCGACGAAUCGGGCAUCAGGGGACACCCAGGUGCUACCGCUCAAUGUCUUCACAAAAGCCUGGAAGGCACAAAUGUGGGAGAUGGAGAUGCCUACGGUUCCGAAGGUAAAACGUCUCGAGUAUCGCCAUCGGCGGACUUGAGACCGGGCGAACGCAGUCACGAGAUACCGGUGAACUCUUCAACUUUUGAGGACCAUGAACGAGAACCCAGUGAACAAUCGAAACCAUCCACGCCGGAGUUAUUAUCCAGAGAGGAAAUCGAAGAUAGGGAAGAUCUAAUAACGGAUUCUGAACGCAAUUUUCCGUGGAUGAGAAACGACGUCAACGAGGGAAAUACGUCGCAUCACAGGUCUUCUUUUUUAACGCACAACGAGUUGAAGUUUCAGAUUCAGAACUUGUUGAAGCGAGAGCUUCAAGCGUGCAGUAAGCAAAACUACGACGAGGCACUUCGUUUGAGGUCCAUGAGAUGUCACCUGGAAUUGAUUCGCGAGAAGAACCUGUAUGGCAAUACGGAUCUUCAUAUGGACGACGAAGCGAGAAAUUCAGGACUGGAAAACAUAGAAAGAAGGAAGAGACAACUGGAGUCGCGUGAUAGGAAUUGCAACAAUUCUACAAUCUACAGUGACGAGGCCAAGCUCUUGUGGAAGCAAUGGGUUCACGAAGAUGAUGAAUAUGAAUUAGCGGACGCCCGUAAUCAAAGAGAGGUUCUAUUGAAACAACUGGAAGAAGAAUGGCACCAAAUGGAAUCAGUGGACAAGAAACAUGCUUCUCAAGAAAUGAACAAUUUCUCUAGAUCGACCUUACAAGACGAACAUAAACUUACCGCACGUAUAACGAACAUAUUAAAUCUUCGCGAUGCAAACGCAUCCGAGUGAAAAAGUUUGGUAUGAUUAAGAAUUUAAAAAUCUGGAUUGACAUUACGAGACGACGACCGCAUAUAUAAAGGAUCCGAUAAACCUUCAUAACGGAAACGUACAUAAGUAUAACCUUAGAAUACGAUCACGAUUUUCACCAAAUUUGCUUGAGCUUUAACAUCUUACAGUAUAUCCAUUUAAAGUCAAUUUUGAUAACAUAAUUAACAGUGAAUGCUUGUGAAAGCUUGUAUGCCUCGUCAAAUUGUUUUAUACUAUACUGUCAGAAUCCGGAUUUUCCUGUAAUCCUCUGUAAUGCAGGAUUAAUACUCGUAAUAACUUUUAAUAGGAAACUGAACUUGUUGACAGUCUAAUCAAAAUGAGUUUUGUUAAAACACGCUUCUAUCGUGUUAAUGAUCUCUUAAGAGUUAUAAACUUCAUUAUGGCAACUACAACGGUUUAACUUGUUAGUGAUAAGUUUCUCUGGUAAAUUCCUGUAAAGCUCACGUUCUACACUUUCUGAUACGAAAGUGAGCUUUACUACAACAUAAACUUAUCCUUGACGAUUAAUGUACGCGUUAUUCAUAUUAAUCCCAUAUGCUUAUACGAGUCGUUAUAAUGCUACCGCGGAUAAUGUACGCUUAAAUAUUGUUACAAACGGUGAUAGAAUCCAAAAUUGUAAGACUGAUUUUAAUGUUUUGUUAGGUUAUAACGAAAAUUGAUUGCCGUCCACAAUCUCUGAUCUGAAAGACUAGACAUGCACUUGUGGGACUUUGAAGCAUAACUUUUUGUUUGCGAUUAGAUUCUUUGUUAGAUUGUUUCGUUUAUACACAGAAUGCAGAUACACUCUACCACCAGUCCGAUGUUGACAAAUUUUGUCAUUUGCACAUUCAUAAUACGAAAUUAUUUCACAUUACAUUCACACGGUGUCAUCUUAAUAGGAUUACAUUGCCACGACCUUUGUACUGAUUUUUAUACCUACAUUGUAUACCACCAUCUUUCAACAAUUAAUUAUUUGUGGUAAAAAAUUGUCCAGUUUCGACAUUAGCAUAGGUAACGUUUGAUAAGUGAUUAAAUGAACAAUAGAUCAUGCGAUCAAGUACUGAAUACAUGUCGUACAUAAUGAAUUCGUAUCUCACCUAUAGACUGUUGACUUCGAUGUGACCAAAUGAAAGUUCUAGGGGCAUUUCAUUAUUUUGAUACUUGAUCCAUCACUAUCUGUGCUUUAUUACAUUUAUACUGCGUAAUAAAAUAUCAGAAUCAUUACAUAUUUAAGAGUGUUGCAUUUUACUCCACAUGUGUAUUUUUCUAUAUCCUGUGUUACAAGUAAAGUUCAGUUAAGACAUUUCGUGUGAGUAAAAUUAAGAACGAAAUAUUAAUUGUUAAGUACCCGUUUAUUGACUACAAUAAUAUCCAGCUUUAAUGUAAUAUUAAUGAAUGCAUAAAUAAAAUGAUCCUAUAUAUGAAAGCGGCACAUUA